AUGGCUCAGGGCUCCGACAGCAACGACGCGAGCUACAGGUCCCCGUCACCUGCAGGCAGGCAGAGCUCGUCGGACGACGCAAAGAAGGCAAUGCGGCGAGAAAAGAACCGUAUAGCAGCGCAGAAGAGCCGGAUGAGGCAAACACAGAAAGCCGACAGCCUCCACCUGGAAAGCGAGAGCUUGGAGAAAGAAAACGCGGCGCUGAGGAAGGAAGUCAAACAGCUGACAGAGGAAGCCAAGUAUCUCACAUCGGUUCUGAGCAGCCACGAACCCCUCUGCGCCGGCCUUACCCCGACCACCACUGACCUCCAGUACCCGCCUAACCAUCACGGCGCGUACCACCAGCACAUCGCCGUCCCACACUACCAGCACUGA